AUGGUCAAAUGGAGCGGCAUUCAAAAUUUGCUAGAGGAAGCACAAUCUGAUGUUCUACUGUUACUUGAUUUUUGCUCCUCGGGCACUGCAAACACAGGAGACGGCUGUGGAACGACAGAGCUUAUUGCGGCUUGUGGGUUCAAUGAUGUUGCGAAUGGUGUUGGCCCUCACUCCUUUACAAGUGCUUUGAUAACAGAACUGCGUUUGUUGAGUUCACAUCCUAAAUUUACCGCGGCUGUUCUGUAUAACAGAGUGUUAUGUCGAAUUCAUAAUUGGAUGCCUGCUGGAUGGGAAUUGCAAAAGGCUCCACUGCAUAUUGUUUUGACCCAGAAUAUAGCCUUACCUUCAAGUAUACAGCUUUCUGUAAAACCGAGAUCUGUAGUUCCAACAAGUCCAAUACAAUCGAUUGGAACUGGUAGCCCCACUUCACUUUCGACCAAUGCAAUAGCGGAUUCGGGAGAAAGAUCUAGCUCAUCCUCUAUAUUGAGCGUUCUCUCCACUGAGCAACGAUUGCCCAGGAUUCUCAUAAGUGUUAGACUAAAGGAAGAUCUAAGCUCCAACCUCUCUGCCGAUUCGUUUGCCGAUUGGCUUCGCAUGAUGCCAAUUGUUGCCAAUUCCGUGGCCAUUGAAGCCGGGUUUGGCAGCUUCUCAACGCUGGUACUUGUGGCAAUUCCAACUCCAAUGUGGGUUUGUUUAGAACGCCAUGCCGUCAUCAGUCUGGUUACGUUUUGUCAAAAGAUGUUAGCAGAGAAAGAAGAAUUAAUGCAAGAUUUUGAGAUGUUUUGCAGAACGGUUGAGUCUAUAACUGGAACAGAAAAGAAUAUGCAUGCUAAACUGGGGGGAGCCAUUGGCGGACUCCCAAAUUGA